AUGGAAAAUACGGCAAAAAAGAAAACAAAUGAACAAAAAAGAAAAAAGAAAAAUGAAAUCAAAGAUAAAAUAUUAAGUGGUAAGGCAGUUUUAUGUUUUGAUGAAGAAAUUGAAUUUGAUAAGUGUGAUUCUAUAUUAGAAGAUAUUGUAGAAAAUAAAUUAAAAAAUGAAAAGAAAAAUUUAAGUAAAGAUUAUAAUAACAAAAAUUCGACGGAAAAAACAGAAUUAAAAAAAAAAAAAGUCAUAAAAAAAAAUGAAAAAAGUAAAGUGGAGAAUAUAGAUAAAAUCACAAAAGAUAGAGAAAAAGAAGAAAAAAAAAGUCAUUACGAAGAUAAUGAUAACAAUAAUAAAAUAGAUGAUAAUGAAAACACUAAUAAAAAUAAAAAAAAAAAUAAUAAUGAUAAUGAAGAAAAUUUAAAGUAUGAUUUAUAUAAUCCUUUAGAUAGUUCAACAAAUAGUUCAGUUAGUCCUCGAAUUAUUAAAAGUUCAAAUGAACUAAAAAAAAAAAAUUCUACAAAGAUUUUAAAAAUACAAAGUAAUUGUAAUGAUUUCAUAGGAGAAAAUAAUGAAGAAUUAAAUAAAUGGAUAGAAUUUUUACCUAAUAUUAAUUUAGAAAUAGAAAAUAUGUUAAAUAAUCAGUUACCAUUUUAUAAUAUAAUUAACAACAUUAGAAGAAUUAAAAAAAUAAAAAGUAUUGUAUAUAAUGAAAAUCAGAAUGAUGAAAUAUUAAAUUCAAUAGAAAAAUCUAAUCUUAUGUUUAAUUCUAUAAAACUUUCUACUAAAGAAAAAUAUAUAAUAAGAUUUUUAUGUGAGGGUUCAUCCUAUAAUUUAUCUGAUUUAGUCGAGUUAUUAUUUUAUGUUUUAAAUAAAGAUGAAUUAAUUCUUGAUAAGUUACCCAUAGAAAUAGGUAAUAAUAUGACUAGAAAUGUAAAUAGUCAAAGUUUCUUAAUGAGCAAAAUAGAAAUAGAGAAAGGAAAUAGUAAUGAAGAACAUAACUUAAGUAAAGAUUAUUCAAUUAGUAAGGAUAUUGAAAAUAAAGAAAGUUUUACUGAUAAUAAUUUAAGUAUGAAAAAUAAUAAUACCAAUAACAAUAAUUUUUCGUUGGACAAUUUUUCUGAUGAUGAAUAUUAUUCUGAUGAAGAAGAAAACGAGAAAAAAGAUUUUAGCAUAUCCAUUAGUAAAGAAGAUUUGUUUUCUAGUAUACCUAUUUUGUUGAGUAGAAAGAAUUUAGGAGAUAAUAUGAAAAAAAUUAACGUAAGUAAAAAUGAAAAUAAUGAAAAAGAAUGUUUAUGGGUUUGGGAAAAUGAUAAUUAUGACAUAUUUCCACCUUAUUAUAAAGAAGUAUUUAAAUAUUUUAAAGAAUUAAGAAGCAACAUGAGUAAAAUAUAUAAAACAUUAAUAAAAUUAAAAAAUUGUAUUAUAAGUAAAGAUUUACAAAACAUAAUAAAGUUAUAUGAUUCUUUAAAUGAAUUAAAAAAAAAGCAAUUUUUAGAAUCAGAAAAAAGAUGCAAAAAAAUAUUAAUUGAAAAAAAGAAAAUUAUAAAAAAAAAAAUGGAAAUUAAGAAGCAGGAAGAAAAAAAAAAAAAAAUUGAAGAAAUAAAAUGUGUGGAAGAAAAAAAAAAUUCUAUUAUUAUAAAAUAUGACAGUUCAGCUCAAGUAAAAACAGAAGAAAAAAAAGUAAAACAGCAAAAUCUUAUUUUAUCAUGGUUAACAUUAAAAAAAAAUCACACAGUAAAUACAUUACAAACAAAUGAUAAUAAUGAUCAAAGUAUGAAAUAUCCAAUUGUAAAUGUCAUUAAUUUUAAUGAAAGUUCAAAGGAGAAACUAUUAGAAGCUCAAAAUCAAUUACCUAUAUUUAAAUGUUAUAGAAAUGAUAAUGCUUUAAGUGAUGUAUUUAAGAAUAUUUCAAGUUUUGAUAAGCAAGAACUGCUAAUGAAUUAUGUCAAAUUAUGUGAAAAUCAUAAAAGGGUAGUUGUAGAUUAUUUUAAAGUAUAUGUUGAUAAUAGGGAGUUUUUUGAAGAAAUACCAUCUGUUGAUAGUAUGGAUGGCAGUAAAAUAAUAUUACAGAAUGAAAAAAGUGUACGAUCAAAAAUUUGGGAAGACAAUGAAUUUUAUUUAAAGUUAAAAAAUUCAAACUACAUAAGAAGCUUUUUUUUUUAUGACAAUUCAUGGAAAAGGCCUUUUAUGUCAUUAUUAGUGCAUAAAAUAUUGGACGACAAUAUAAAUGUAUUGCCAUUUUACUAUCAUGAUGAUAUGGAGUAUGAAAAUGACACAAAUGAAGAUUAUUAUGAGAAAUUUGAAACUAUUGAUUUAACGACAGAGAAUGAAGAAAACGAAACAGAAAGUGACGGAAGUUCGCAAGAUAUGUUUAUUGUUCCUGAUAAUGAAAUAAAUAGAGAUAUUGACUUAACACCAAUUACAACUCCAGUUAGCCCAGAUAUUUAUUUUUUUUCAAUCUUUAAUUGGGAUUGGAACUUUGAAGGAAAUCAAAAGCAUAAUUAUAACAUAAUUGAUAAAAAUGUAUUGAAAGAAUUUAAUUUGAAAUAUAAAGAAAACAUUUAUGGAUGUCAAUAUAUUUCUUGGGGAAAUGAUAAUAACCCUUUUAAGUAUAUGUCAGAAAGGAAAAACUUAAAAAAUACCCUAGAUAAUUAUGAUAUUAAAAAAUUAAUUAAACAUUCUCAUGGAAAAAUAACAAAAAAGGAUAUUCUUGUUGAUCAAUUUAAAAUUAAAAAUGAGCACCUAACAAAAGCAGACACUGAAAGAAAAUUUAAAAUAUACUUAGUAUAUAAGAAGUGUGAAGAUAAUAGAAAAAAAUGGAUGGCAUCAGAAGAAGGAGUGAAAUUAUUUAAAAAUGAAAAAUUAUUGGAAAAGAUUUAUGAAAUAAGAAAAAGAAAAUUAAAUUUUAUAUCUAGAAAAAUUGAAGAAGUAAAGAGACAAAAAAAAAUACACAAAGAGAAUUUGAAAAAAGAGGAAAAGAUAAAAAAGAAAGAAAAAGCAAACCAUGAAAAAUUAGAAAAUAAGGAAAAUAUAAAAAAGGAUGAAAAUAUGAAAGAUGAAGAAAAUUUAGAAAAGAAAGAAAGUUUAUCAAAAGAUCAUAUUUUAAAUGAUGAGAAUAAAUCUCCAAAAAACAAGUUAACAAUUAAAAAAGGAUUAGAAACAAAUGAAAAAUAA